AUGUUGUUUCCUGCUGCAGGUGUUGAGUUCUCGUACGGAGACAACAAAAUAGGGUACGACAUCACCACACUCCCACCAGGAGCUGUGGGCUGUGAGAGCUACGAAUCAUGUGCCACGAAGACCAGCAAACAAGGUUUCAACGUUGGAGUCAUGAUCGAGCCGAUUUCGCCAGAGGAGGACGCAACCUUCGCCUGCAGCUCGCUCUUGUGUCAGUACGCAGAGUGUCCGGACUCCUUCCGCUUCCCUUCGUCAAGAAUUGUCCAGAGCAACAGCACUUCAACAUCACCUUUUGUCCCGUGA